AUGACACCGAAGAGGAGUCAGGUCCUGCUGCUGUGGCUGCUCCUCUGCUCCGGGGCCGGGACCGAGGCCCUAGAGCCCGUCAGCACCACGAUCGCGGUCGGCGUGGCUGCGACCCUGACGGCGUUCAUCGCCAGCUACAGGAACAUUUUCAACUAUUUCUACGAGUGCUGCCACCCCGAGUGGAUUGUUUUCAACAGGACAGCUCUUGAGGCUGACCUGAACAGAAAACUGUUUGGACAGCACAUCGCGUCACGCAUCAUCCUGAAAGCCGUGAAUGGAUUCAUGAACAACGACAACCCGAAGAAGCCCCUGGUGCUUUCUCUGCACGGGUGGACCGGCACAGGGAAGAACUUUAUCAGCAAGCUGAUUGCUAAUAACAUUUACAAGGAGGGAACGAAGAGCAGCUUUUUUCAUUUAUUCGCAUCCACGUAUCACUUCCCACAUUCAAGUCAAUAUCUUCACUACAAGUCCCAGUUACAGCAGUGGAUCAAAGGGAAUGUCUCCAACUGUGAACGCUCCAUGUUCGUCUUUGACGAGAUGGACAAGAUGCAUCCUGGCUUGAUUGACGGCAUUAAGCCGUACCUGGACUACUACGACAAGCUGGAUGGAGUUUCAUAUCGGAAAGCUAUCUUCAUCUUCCUCAGCAACGCCGGGUCCGACAAAAUCGACCAAACAGCUUUAGAUUUCUGGAAAGCAGGACAAAACCGAGAGGAGAUCGAGCUGAAAGACCUGGAAUCCUUGCUCUCCUUAUCAGUGUUCAACAACCACCAAAGUGGCUUUUACCGUACAAGUUUGAUUGACAAGAACCUGGUGGACUUCUUCGUCCCCUUGCUGCCUCUGGAGUACCAGCACGUCGUCCAGUGCACUAUGGCCGAGAUGAGAGCCAGAGGAAUGCAGCCGGACCAGAGUUUGGCAGACAAGGUGGCCAAAGAUUUACUCUAUUUCCCUAAAUCUGAAAGGGUCUUCGCUGUGACAGGCUGCAAGACGAUAGAAAGCAAGCUGGACUACUACUUGUAACGUCACCGUGAGAUGGACGCUGCGUUCAAACACUGCACUUUUUAAAUGAAAACCGCUCUCUGCCAAAUGACUAAAGAGAGGGAGUCAAGUCAAGAAAUCUGGAGAGGUCUUCUUCAGAGGUUUCUGUGUGAGCCCGUAUCAGCAGCACUUCAAUGCUACAUCUCGCUUACACUGAAUGAAGGGGUUUAAUGAAAGCACACAGUGCCAGCUGAAUGAAGAAGACAAUAAGAUGAGACAGCCAUCCUUUGUAACUGGUGAAGGGGGUUGAUUGUUUUUUUAUGUCACACACCAGUGGGUUUUAAAGAGGGCAUCGUUUUGCUGAGUGUCUUAAAGGUGUCCUGAAACUAUGUCACGCCACUUUUGGCAUUCAUUUUUAAUGUGUAAUCUAUAUACAUGGUUUACUGGAUAACACUUGCCUUAAUUCUUACUGUCAUGAUUUUCGUAGUAUCUGCUGUCCUUUUAUAAACGUCCACAGGUUCAUUACCCGUUGGACUGACACUCUCACUGUUCAUUUGAAAAACUAUGUGAUGCAGCAAACUGCAAUUGUUGUGUACAUAGUUAAAUCUUGAAAUAUCUAGGUGUAAAUCUACUAGGGAUGAGGAUCCAGAGAAUCUUUCUACACCAGGUCUGGAGCAGUGCAUGAACUCAGGAUAGUAUAACAC